GUUGGCUUUGCUUCUGCGACGAAGGCUUCCUCUUCCAGUACUGAGAUUAAGAAGAUGGGUAUCAUCAUGGACAGUCACGCGUAUGUGGAAAAGAUGAUGAGAAGCGAUCGACAACCGCGAGCGCUGGAUACCAAUUACAGCCGUCGUCCUGAAUACCCGACAGAGACUCUGCCAGAACGUCCUCAAAAUGCGUGGGGUGCGUCGUUCGGCAUGGUGCCAUCAGCUCAGGGUGUGUCUCCAGCCCCACGGACGCUGUCAACUACACCGUUAAGCUCCUGGUUUCUCUCCAACGGCUGUGCGAACUUCGUCAAGCAAGUGCAUUUCUCGGAUGACGACGCUGACGUCAGUGACGAUGACGGUAAUAUUUUGACUGAACAACUGGCUUCUCCUGGGAUCGGCAAUACUUCACCCAAGAGGAGAGGUUCAACGACGAAAAAGAAUUCUUUCUUGGAGUCACUCACAACGCAGGCGAGCUGGCGGACCUGGUAUGGCAACGUGGACACUCACAAUCUACUGGAUCCCGCGCUGACUCAUGUGCCGGAGAAUGUGCGUGUACACGACGUCAAGCCUCUCGCUCUUCCAGCUGAAGGCAGUGCACCUUCAAAGAAGACCAGCGAACUCGAGAUGUUGGAAGCUGACAUCAGACGAGAGAGAAAACGAGGCUCGGCAUUCAGCCAGCAGCUACUGAUGAUGCUUCAAGGUAGAACGGUGUCGGGGAAGCUACUUGAGGAGGAAUAUAAACCGGUAUUGCAACAAUAA